UCAAAUAAGGCGGCCACCGCAGCCGCCCGUACAUUAAACGGCAACACAGAUCUCCAUCUCUUCCCGAGUUUCUUUUCUUUUCCCUCUCACUCGUUUCGGAACCGGGCCCAACCGAGCCGGAAAAUAUGGGAGUGCCAGCGUUUUACCGGUGGCUCGCUGACCGCUACCCGCUCUCCAUCGUCGACGUUGUGGAGGAAGAGCCCGCCGGCGGCGCCGUCGAUGUUUCGAAACCUAAUCCCAAUGGCAUGGAGUUUGACAACUUGUACUUGGACAUGAACGGCAUUAUUCACCCUUGUUUUCAUCCUGAUGGCAAGCCAGCACCUGCUACCUAUGAAGAUGUAUUCAAAACAAUCUUUGACUACAUUGACCAUCUCUUUUCAUUGGUUCGCCCAAGGAAGCUUCUUUAUCUUGCAAUCGACGGUGUUGCACCAAGAGCCAAAAUGAAUCAGCAACGUUCACGGCGGUUCCGAGCUGCAAAAGAUGCAGCUGAGGCUGAAGCUGAAAAGGAAAGACUCAGGGAAGAAUUUGAGGGUGAGAUGGAACUCUUGUCUUCUAAAGACAAGCCCGAGACUUACGACUCAAAUGUCAUUACCCCUGGCACUCCAUUUAUGGCAGUGCUGUCAGUGGCUCUUCAGUAUUACAUACAGUCUAGAUUGAACUACAACCCUGGCUGGAGGAAUACAAAGGUUAUACUUUCUGAUUCAAAUGUUCCUGGUGAGGGAGAACAUAAAAUAAUGGAAUACAUACGAUUGCAGCGUAACCUUCCUGGAUUUAAUCCAAAUACCCGUCACUGUUUGUAUGGAUUGGAUGCUGAUUUGAUUAUGUUGUCCUUAGCCACACAUGAGGUUCAUUUCUCAAUAUUGAGGGAGGUAAUCACUUUCCCUGGACAACAAGAGAAGUGUUAUCAGUGUGGCCAAGUUGGCCAUCUUGCAGCUGAAUGUCGUGGUAAGCCAGGUGAGAAGGCUGAGGACUGGAAUCCAGUUGAUGAUACCCCGAUUCACAAGAAGAAAUAUCAGUUUCUUAACAUCUGGGUGCUGCGUGAAUAUUUGCAAUAUGAAAUGGAGAUUCCCAACCCUCCUUUUGAGAUUGACUUUGAACGCAUAGUGGAUGAUUUUGUAUUUCUAUGCUUCUUUGUUGGCAAUGACUUUCUUCCACAUAUGCCGACAUUAGAGAUCCGUGAGGGGGCUGUAAAUUUAUUGAUGCAUAUGUAUAGAAAGGAAUUCACUGCCAUGGGUGGUUAUCUUACUGAUGCGGGUGAGGUGUUCUUAGAGAGAGUAGAACAUUUUAUUCAGUCUGUUGCUGUUCAUGAAGAUCAAAUAUUUCAGAAACGAGUUCGACUUCAACAGGCUGCAGAAAUUAAUGAAGAGAUGAAAGCUAGGGCAAGAGGAGAAAUGCCUGAAGAACCACGGUCGUCAGUUAUGGACAAGGUUAAGUUAGGAGAGCCUGGAUACAAGGAAAGGUAUUAUGCUGAAAAAUUUGGUGCAUUGAAUCCGGAGGAGAUUGACAAAAUCAAGAAAGAUACAGUCUUAAAAUAUGUAGAAGGCCUUUGUUGGGUUAGUCGGUAUUACUAUCAGGGUGUCUGCUCUUGGCAAUGGUACUACCCAUACCAUUAUGCCCCUUUUGCUUCUGAUCUUAAAGAUCUAGCUGAUCUGGAAAUAACAUUUUUUUUGGGAGAACCAUUUAAACCAUUUGAUCAACUAAUGGGGACCCUACCCGCUUCAAGUUCAAGUGCACUGCCCGAAAAAUAUAGGAAUUUGAUGAUCGAUCCUUCAUCACCUAUUCUUCAAUUCUACCCUGCGGAUUUUGAGAUUGAUAUGAAUGGAAAACGAUUUGCAUGGCAGGGUGUUGCCAAGUUGCCAUUCAUUGAUGAGAAGAAAUUGCUUUCUGCCACAAGCAAGCUUGAAGGCACAUUGACGGAGGAGGAACAGCUCCGAAAUAGUAAGAUGCUUGAUUUGCUUUAUGUCAGCAGUGCGCAUAAUUUGGCUCCACAUAUCUUAUCAUAUUACCAAUAUUCCUGCCAAUUGCCUCUGCAUGAAAGACCUGCUCUACCGAUUGACCCAAGUGCUAGCGAUGGUAUGAAUGGAUAUCUCUGGUUGUACGAAAGAAAUGUGCUCAGAACCAUUGUAUCCUCUCCCAUCAAGGGAUUGCAAGACAUUGGGUUUAAUCAAGUUUUAAAUAUUACUUAUCUUAAUCCUCGUAAACAUAGUCAUAUUCCAAAACCUCCGCAUGGUGUACUAAUGCCAAAAAAGAUAUUAAAAGCCAUUGAUAUUAAACCGUUACCUGUGUUAUGGCACGAAGACAAUAGUGGUCGACGGCAAGGCAGAGAAAGACCACAAGUGCCUGGAGCAAUGGCUGGCCCUCAACUGGGAGAAGCAGCACAUCGUCUUGUCAAGAACUCCCUUAAUAUUAAAUCAAAUAUGCCAUAUGGAUCGUCGGAGCAGCUUCCUGGCCAUCAUGCAAUGAACAGGGUCAGAUCAGCUGGACCCUCUGGAUCUGGGAAAUAUUAUGGCGAGGACACAAGCUGUUAUUACGGACAAUAUUACCAUCACCAUGGCCUAAUAAAUAGGCCUAGAUAUCCAGUUCCAUCUAAUGGUGGACAUUAUGACAAACAGAAUUUUAGGAUGCAAGAUAGGUCACAGCAUCAUGAACAGUACUACAACGGGAGAACUGGGUUUAAUACCUUGCCAAUGGAGGACGGUACGAGACCUAGGACAUAUGCAGUGCCUUCACCAAAGACACCUGCAGUGAUGUUAUCGAGGCCGCCCAAUUCCGGGCCAACUACAAAUCUACAACACCAAUUUGUGCAGAGCAUGGGUCUUCCUAUACCACCUCCAAAAUGGAUUACUAAAGGACCAGAUACAAAUGGAAUAUAUGCUGGGCAUCAAGAAGCUACAUUGGGGGGAGCUUAUGAUAAGCACACGAAGAGGGUGUACCAAGUUAAAACCCGUCAACCCCAAGAUAUGCCAGAGUACGGGAAUCCAUAGUGGCUGUUGUGGAUUUUAUUUGCCUUGUGACCGAAGUGCCCUCUUCCAUUUCUCAGGCUGUACCUCAAAUUGGAGUUCAUCCAAGUUCAACCAUGGAGUUUGAGAGGGCAAUUAUUUGAUACCUAAUGCAAUAGGCAGAGAAAUGCUUAUCAAAGCUUUAGAUAACACUAAUCUGCAGGGAAGGUGCUGCUAAGAAUUGUGAUCUGCCUUCACUACACAGGCACUUCUUUGAUAGUUGUCCAGGUUAUACCAAUUGGAAAGGUGAGAGUUAUAUUACAUUCACAAUAUUCUUGCUUUCCAAGUUCUAAUUAAUACUCGUGAAAUAUUGUAAACUGAUUUUGCUGUCCGCGGCAUGAGUAGGGUAGCAUGUACAAAAUCCCGCUGCGUUCAGUGGCCCAUGUAUUAUCAUGUACCAUAUUUGUCUUGAAUAGACGAUAGUAAAUUUGUAGACAAAAUGAAAAGCGUUUUGUUUAAUUUUU